GGGUCCACGCCGCGCCCCCGGCGCCUGCGACUCGCGGGGACCCCGGGGACGCCCCGCAGCCAUGCCGCGCAGCGCGAUCGUGGCCUGCCUGCUGGGCGGGCGCUGCCCGGGGGUCGCGGGGGACCGCGGGGCGCGGCUGGGCCCCCGCGCCGGGCCCGUCCCGCGCGCGCCGCCCGCCCCGGGCGCAGGCCCCGCCUCGCCGCCGGCUGAGCCCACCUCCUCCCGGCCGCCGCCAUUGGCCGCGCCGCCGCCGCCCUCGUCCUACUUCCUGGCGGAGCCAUGGCGGCGCGCCCCGCCGGCCCAGGGGCUCGGGCGUCCGGGCCCCGCCGCCGCCGCGCCCGCCCGCGCCCGCCGCCCGAGGCCGCCGCGCCGCGCCCGUAGCGAGCCUCCCAGGGCUGCGAGCUCUCUCACGAUGGAGGGAAGCAGGCAGACGCGCGUGUCUCGGCCGUACAAGAUCAGCGAAUCGUCCAAGGUCUACCGCUGGGCCGACCACUCGGGCACGGUGCUGCAGCGGCUGAACGAGCAGCGUCUGCGCGGCCUCUUCUGCGACGUCGUCCUGGUGGCAGACGAGCAGCGCGUGCCGGCCCACCGCAACCUGCUGGCCGUGUGCAGCGACUACUUCAACUCCAUGUUCACCAUCGGCAUGCGGGAGGCCUUCCAGAAGGAGGUGGAGCUGGUCGGCGCCUCCUACAUCGGGCUCAAGGCCGUGGUGGACUUCCUGUACGGCGGUGAGCUGGCGCUGGACGGCGGCAACAUCGACUACGUCCUGGAGACGGCCCACCUGCUGCAGAUCUGGACCGUGGUGGACUUCUGCUGCGAGUACCUGGAGCAGGAGGUGAGCGAGGACAACUACCUCUACCUGCAGGAGCUGGCCUCCAUCUACAGCCUCAAGCGGCUGGACGCCUUCAUCGACAGCUUCGUCCUGAGCCGCUUCGGCACGCUGUCCUUCACGCCCGACUUCCUGCAGAACGUCUCCAUGCAGAAGCUGUGCGUCUACCUGGGCAGCAGCGAGGUGCAGCGGGAGUGCGAGCACGACCUGCUGCAGGCCGCCCUGCAGUGGCUGACGCAGCAGCCCGAGCGCGAGGCCCACGCCCACCGCGUGCUGGAGAACAUCCACUUCCCGCUCAUCCCCAAGAACGACCUGCUGCACCGCGUCAAGCCGGCCGUGUGCUCGCUGCUGCCCAGGGAGGCCGGCUGCGAGGGCUUCAUCGAGGAGGCCGUGCGCUACCACAACAGCCUGGCCGCCCAGCCCGUCAUGCAGACCAGGCGCACGGCGCUGCGCACCAACGAGGAGCGGCUGCUGUUCGUGGGCGGCGAGGUCUCCGAGCGGUGUCUGGAGCUCAGCGACGACACCUGCUACCUGGACACCAAGAGCGAGCAGUGGGUCAAGGAGACGCCCCUGCCUGCCCGCCGGAGCCACCACUGUGUCGCCGUGCUGGGGGGCUUCAUCUUCAUCGCCGGCGGCAGCUUCUCCCGGGACAACGGAGGGGACGCGGCGUCUAAUCUUCUUUAUAGGUAUGACCCCCGCUGUAAACAGUGGAUCAAGGUGGCCUCCAUGAACCAGCGGCGGGUGGAUUUCUAUCUUGCCUCCAUUGAAGACAAGUUGGUGGCUGUCGGCGGCCGGAACGAAAAUGGAGCUCUCUCUUCGGUGGAGACUUACAGUCCGAAGACCGACUCUUGGUCCUACGUGGCUGGUUUGCCAAGGUUCACGUACGGCCACGCCGGCACCAUCUACAAAGACUUCGUGUAUAUCUCGGGGGGUCAUGACUACCAGAUCGGCCCCUACCGCAAGAACCUGCUGUGCUACGACCACCGGACGGACGUGUGGGAGGAGCGGCGGCCCAUGACAACGGCGCGCGGCUGGCACAGCAUGUGCAGCCUGGGAGACAGCAUCUACUCCAUCGGCGGCAGCGACGACAACAUCGAGUCCAUGGAGCGCUUUGACGUGCUGGGCGUCGAGGCCUACAGCCCGCAGUGCAACCAGUGGACCCGCGUGGCACCGCUCCUGCACGCCAACAGCGAGUCGGGGGUGGCCGUGUGGCAGGGCCGCAUCUACAUCCUGGGCGGCUACAGCUGGGAGAGCACCGCCUUCUCCAAGAUGGUGCAGGUGUACGACCACGAGACCAACAAGUGGAGCCGGGGCCAGGACCUGCCCAAGGCCAUCGCCGGCGUGUCCGCCUGCGUCUGCGCCCUCAAGCCGCGGCUGGAGGACAAGAAGAAGAAGGGCAAGGCCAAGAGGCACCAGGACCGGGGUCAGUGACUGCUCCCCCUGCCCCGACCCUCCCCGUGCCCUUCAAGGACCUCCACCUCCCAAAGCGGGUCUCUGCAGACUGGCCACAAUGUCUGAGAAUCCUGGAGCAUCAUGUAACCCUUAGCUGCUCUUUUUUUUUACUUUUCUGACUCUGGUCUUUCUACGAUAGCACAGGAAAGGGUUAAAUAUGACGUAUAACUUUGUAUAUCAUCUUCCUGAAUGCUUAAAGCCGGGCCCAGGCAGCAGGUGUGCCCCGGCAUCUGUUCUGGGUCUUCCCGGCCGACAGAGCCCUGUGGGUCCCCCCAACCAUCCCCUGAGGGGAGCCAGGGCAGGGGUUAGGCAGAGUGAAACUUGGGGGUCUCCAAGGGAUAGUUCAGAUCACCAGUUCUUACCUCCCCAAACCUGGCUGACCAUUCAAAAUACAGAUGCCUGGGCUCCACCUCCAAGUUUCUAGUACCCAGACCACCAGGAUUGUGGGGUACGGGGGUGCCUGAAAACUAUAUUCUAACCAGUUCAUGGAAAGAUCGAGCAUCAGCCACAUUUGGGAAUUGCCGGCAAGGUCCAGCAUAUUCAUUUUAUAAGGGAGGACACGGAGACCCCGAGCAGGUGGGUGAGUGACCGAGGUCACUGGCUGGCUGGACAGUCAGGUGAGACACGAGGACAUCUUGCCAGCAAGGUGCGCUCCGUGGAUCUCCUGUCGGGGCACCCUUGUUUCUGCACAAUCCUACUUUUCCCCGGUUGGCUGCCUUCCCAAGUUCUAAGAAGGUUGUAGGUAAUCCGGAAAGAAAGAAAGAACAAAAAACCAGGCAUGAAGCUUUCUAUAAGCAUCAAUCUGUAAUCUGUGCUUUGUUCUUUGUUUCCUGAAUCCACCAUUUCUCACCUGACUAAUGUUCUGAGCUCCCAAAAUCGACACUGAUUUCUCAGGAAAGAAAAGGGGAGCCCCAGAGACUCUGUCACCGUUUCCUGUGACCUGCCUGGAAAGCCGCUGGGAGCUCCACAUUUGUCCCUGGAAAGGUGGGCGGAGUGUCUCCCUCGAUGGAUCCCGCCGGCAGGUAUCUGCUGCUGAGUGGUUCUGUACUGCGUGGCAAAUGGUUUAACAGGUCUGGGUACGUCUCCUCGCUCCCCACGUGGCAGGGUUAGAUGAAACAGUCACCAGGCUCCUUCCAGGUGUAGGUUCUUUGAGUCUGUAUAAGCUAUUGAUAAAGGCACAGCACCUCCUUUUGAGAUGUGCAGCUGCCCCUCGCUCAUUCCUGCAGACGCUUUCUAGAACAGGUAUCGGUAAUGUCUGCCCUUUAGGGAGGGCUUUUAGGCUGCUGCCCAAGCCCGGGUGUAAUGUGCGACGGGAGGAAAGGGGUGGCGAUGAGUUUUAAACAUGAACCAGGGAAGACAUUGCUGAUCUGUUCCUUGGCAGAGAUCUGAUUGCAUUGCUAUUAGAAUACAACUAAUCUCAGUUAACUUAUUUCCAUUUUUUUUUUAAAGACUCUUUGCUCUGUCUCAUUUCCCGUUGGGAUUUACUGUGAUUUUGAUUGGUCUGUUUCUUUAGUGACCAGGAGGGCAGAGGUGGACAGGGGAGUCCGCAGCAUCAGUGGCCAGUGUCAUUGGCCUGGGUUGCUAGCUGGUCAAGCCAUCCGCACAUUUAGCUUGUUUCUUGCAUAUGGAAAUCCCUAGAGUCUUAUAAACUGUUGAGAGUGUCUGCAAAACAAACAAACUACAACCAAAAAUUACAAACUCUUUUUGGAGCCUGAUGACACAUCAGCCUAUUAAAGGCUCUUAGAAGUCCUGCAUCUGCUGUUAACCUUCCAUCAAGCCAGCAUUUCCAAACUUCCUUGAGCAUGCAAAGCUUUUUUGUUUCAUACCUAGUCCCAGGCCUCCCUGAACCCUGUUUUGCAGAACUUCUGCCAACUUGAGGAUCACUUGCAGCCCUCCCACUCCAGGAAAGAUUUUCUUACUCAAAGACCCUUCAGAAGGCGUGGUAUGGUGUAUGGGACCCAGGCUGCACGGCUCACGCCGGGGCCUGAAUGAACCCGUGGCCAUUCCGCCAGAAACUAGUUCAGGAAGAGCACAUAGUGAGGCUAUACGAGUGGUAUGGGAAGCAGGUUGGCUUUGGCCUUGCAGAGAGGGUGAACAUCAAAUUUUUUUUUUUUUUUUUUUUUU